UGUGUUUUAACAUAAAAAGGGCCAAAGCUUAGGUUCAUUAAAGAACAUCACCAAACCAUUCAGCAAAAACAUUAAAGAGAGCAAGCUACUCAUCUUCCUAUUUAUUAGUUGCAAUAAAUAACAAGUCCAAAAAAUAUAAUAUAAUCAAGCAUUUGUAAGAAAAGAAAGGAGUUAUUAAUAUGGAAGAGAAAAAAGAGAGUAGAUCAUCAGUUUAUGAUGAAGUUAUCACCAAGAAUCCAUUUUUUUACUUACAAGAAGGCAUUAAAGCUAUUCUAAAAUGCCUUGGUUUUGAAUCUUCAAAACUUGUUCAUCAAGCAUCCUCUUCAUCCUCGUCGUCCUCAUCAUCAUCGUCUUCUUCUUCUUCGAGUAUGUUAGGUACUAAUAAUAAAAAAGAAGAAGAAGAGAGUGAAAAACAAGAACAAGAGUGUGUUUUGUUCCAUGAAGAUGGUAAGAAGCAAGGUUCAGAUUCAACAAAUGAUAAUUACGAAAAUGACCCUCCAGCUGAAACUAAUGAUGAAGAUCCAACUCUUAUAUUAGCAACAGAUAGGAGGGGAAGACCACCAUCAAGACCUAAAGUUGGUAGUGGACCUCCUCCUCAGAACAAUUAAUUGAUUAGUUAGACUAUAUAUCGAACACUUUAAUUUAGUCGAUGGUUAUUUUGAUCAGUAAAUUAUUUAGAAUAUUAAAAAGAUGAUCGAAAUUGUUUAUUUUCAAGCCACGGCACUCGAUAGACCUAUAUAGUCGUAGUAGUCGGCCCAAAAUAUGUCUGCUUUUUCAUAUGGUCGAUAUUUAUAUCGAGACUUAGGUCUAGUCGUAUUGCUCUUUUAUCUUGGUUUGAUUUCGGAGUUAAAUUGUAUUAGGUCCUUUAAUUAUUUGUUUAUAUACAUGUAUUGUAAGAUAUAAGGAAUUUUAUUUUCAUAUUUGUAAGGUUAAGUAUUAGUAAAUAAUUAAAUCUACAAGUUGAGUAUUUGUCGAA